AUUUGGAGGGAAAAUUUUCAAUUUUCAUUUGUAUAUAUGAUCUACUUCGUACAACUGUAGCUAUUCAUUGUUGAUUUGAUUCAUUUAUUCAAGAAAUUCUUUGUUUUCUUUGCCAUCCAGAUACUGCUCCGAUCGCGCUUAGUGCAAUUUUCCCUCCUUUAUCAUCAUUGAGUCAAUUAUUAUGAGCAUUACUUCAGAUUCUUCUUUUUCCUUCCAAAUCAGAAAACGGCACCAAUUCGAUUUACCUGUUCAGCCGCAUAAAAAGCACCGCGGAAACACUGUUAGAGUUGCAAUCUUGCAUAUCAAAACCCUCAAUCUGCCAUUAAUUUCGAGUUCCACCACUCAAUUUUGCGAAUCCCUCGUUCUGGAACCCUUCAAACCCUAUACCAUUGGCCGGAGAUUGGAGCUGUGUGAUUUUAUUUUUACUGACGGUAGAGUCAGCAAGAGGCAUUGCCAACUGUACUUUGAUUCUUUGGAGAAGAAGAUUUAUUUGUCAGACGGAUUUGUUCCAGGUUGUACUGGAAGCAAUGGUUCUUUUUCUAGUUUCAGUGCUAAGAUUUCGACAAAUGGGGUUUUCGUGAACGGGUCUAGGAUUAAUGGCGUCGUUGAGUUGCAAGUUGGUGAUGUGGUCGGGCUUGUAUGCUGGAACAAGGAAGCUUGUAGGUUGAGGCCCAGAAUUGGAUUUCUGGUGGAGAAAGCUGUCUUUGCGGAGGAAAUUGAUUAUAGAAGUUCUAUUCAGUUGGAUUCAUGUAAUAUAGAUUCAAAACAGACUAGUUUUGUAGUGAGACGUUGCAGAGGGACAGAUAAUACGAGUUUGCUUUUAAGUUGGUGUAGAGAUAUACUGUGUAGUGAUGACCCUAUAUAUUACAUACGGAAAUUUAUUGAUAUUAACCGGAAAAAUAAUAUUUCUUUUGAAAAUGGAUCUAAGGAGUGUCUUCGAUCAUCCUCAGAUAAUGGGGUUGAAUCUUGUUCAAGUCGCAGGCUUCAAAUUGGAUGUCCUAAACGGAAAAGGGUUUACUCUAGGGAUAUUGAUGAUGUUGAGAAUUGUCAGAGCACCCAAAAGGAGAUUACAGUGAUCUCUGAGGAAAAUGUUGAGCUUGAGUGUCCUAAUUUUGUCAGUGCAGCUAAUACUGAUACUGCAUGGAAGAAGUGUAAUGACAUCGUUGAUGAGCAACAUGCUUCUGUUAGUAGUAAUUUUACUGGUAUGUCUUUGGAAAAGUGGGAUUCUCAUCAAUGUAAAGAACUAUCAGAUGCUAAGAAUCGUGGUGGCUGUAUUCUGCCACCAGGAAAAAAGUUCUAUCUGAACAGACUCCAAUUUAGAGGUAAAGAUAUUGAGGAGAAUUCUGAUGUUGUUUCGUUGCCAGAGCUCUUUCAUCCCAUUGAAAGCCUCGAGCGUGUAUUUAUAGCAACAUUUACUAGUGAUAUAUCAUGGUUUCUUACUUAUUGUAAGAUUCCUCUCCAUCUACCAGUUACAAUUGCUUGUCACAGCGCUGAAAGGUGUUGGAGUGCAGAUCCUGAUAAAAGAACAUCAGUUCCAUUCACAGAAUACCCAAACUUAACUGUGGUGUAUCCUCCAUUUCCUGAAGUUAUAGCUUUUAAUAAUGAUCGCAAGAAAUCAGGCAUUGCAUGCCAUCACCCAAAGUUAAUUGUGCUGCAAAGAGAAGACAAAUUACGUGUUGUCAUCACAUCAGCAAAUUUAGUGGCGAAGCAGUGGCAUGAUGUAACCAAUACAGUCUGGUGGCAGGACUUCCCACGAUCAAUUAUUCCCAAUUGUCUAUCUCUUUUCACCCGUUUAUGUGUAGAGGAAAUCGAUAUACGUUCAAAAUGUGAUUUUGCUGCCCAGUUGGCUGGAUUUAUGGCAUCUCUAUUAGCUGAUGUGCCUGGCCAGGCCUCUUGGAUCUUGGAGUUGAUCAAAUAUGACUUUAGUGGAGCUGCAGGAUACUUGGUUGCUUCUGUGCCAGGAAUUCAUUCACAAAGAAGUCCUGUGUAUGAGUCCAAAAAUCUUUUAGUGGGUGACAAACAUGAGUUAUGGUCUUAUAGUGCGAAAUUUCUAUCUUCAGUUGAAACAUCUGUAGUUGGUUUGAGCCAUAUUUAUCGUGCAUCUGCGGACUCUAAUGGGAAGCAUUUGAAGAAGUUGGCAUUGUUUCUUGGAAAAUGCCGUGCCAAUAUGGAUGGGAUGUCAGAAGUUGUUUUGAGGAGAAUGACAAACAUAACGGCCGAUGGUAAUGCUGUGAGUGUUCUUAUACCAAACCCAGAAGACUUAUCUGUGGGAGAUUUUGUUCAACUUGGGUUUCUGCCGAGGAAUGUUGCAAAAUGGGUGGCUCCACUUUCAGACACUGGCCAUUUUGCAUUCUCUGCAUUUAUCCAUCCUAAGGAAGUCCUUGAAACUGCUCUAGAACAAAGCAGCAAGGAAGUAAAAUUGAUUCUUUAUGUGUAUGCGGGCCCUUCUUUUUCUGCCAUUUCUGAAGUUACAGAACUUGAAUAUGCUUCUGCAAUAUGCUCCCUUGUUGCAUCAAGUCAGAGAUAUGCAGGGCUCUGGCGCCUUAAGGAGGUUCUGGGCCUGCACAAGUGGCCUGAACAUUUGCAAUCAGAGUUCAUUUUUGGCUCAUCCUCAGUUGGAAGCAUAAAUGCACAAUUUCUAGCUGCAUUUGCAGCAGCAGCAGGAAAAACAUCAGUACCAUUUUCUGACUCGGAGGAAUCCGAUCCAGAUUGGGGAUGUUGGACUUCGAGUCAAGAGCUCAAAAAUCCUUCCAUCCGUAUCAUCUUCCCCAGCAUUGAGAGAGUGAAGACCAACAGAAGCGGAAUCAUGGCUUCCAGGCGCCUAUUAUGCUUCUCACAGAAAACAUGGCAGAGGCUGGAAAAUGUUGGAAUACUCCAUGAUGCAAUUCCUCAUCCGAGUGAUAGAGUUGGGUUUCCUAUGCAUGUCAAGGUGGGACGUAGGCGGUUCCUGUCUAAGAAGGAUGGAUCUUCCUUCGGAUGGGUCUAUAGUGGAUCGCACAACUUCAGUGCUGCUGCCUGGGGACGUCCACUCUCGGAUAGGAGCAUGAAGAAUAAUUCUGUACUGGGCUCGAGACUUCAUAUUUCCAACUACGAACUUGGUAUUGUUUUCAUUGUUCCACCACCAGAUGCAGUGAAAGAGAACACUGAAAACUUGGAUGAUGUUGGUUUGCCAUUUGUCGUGCCCCCACCAAAGUACAGACCGACAGACAAACCUGCCACUGCACAGGCAAUAAGGGAAGCAUUGACAGAGCUCUUGGAACUAGAAAAGGAAAUGAAUGAAGCUGCAGCCAUGGCUACUGAUGGUGACUGGAUGGAAGAGGGAUUUACAGAACAUGAGGAAGAAGAAGAAGAAGUUGCGGAAACACUUCAAUACGUUACUCGGGAAAAGGAAGACGAAAAGGCUUACGCUGAUCAACUGUGGAGCCAAGUGGAUUCUUGAGAAAGCUGUUGAAUACUCAGUUAUGUCAGGAAAAUGAAGUGGCAUGGCGAAGAAGCGGGAAAUCUAUAAAUAGGAGUAUUGGGGUGUUCACAAAUCAUAAGUUGAAGUGGUGGAGAAUUGGAGAGCUUCACAAAUCAUAAGAAGUAUUCUUCAAGAAUUCUAUCAAGUUUUCAAGUAUCCUUCAAAUCUUUAAGAAUUCUAUCAAAUCUUCAAAUAUCCUUCAAGUCUUCAAGUUUUCGAAUAUUCAAAGUAUCUUCAAAUCUUCGAGUAUAUCUUCGAAGCUUCAAGCAUUUCUUCGAAUCUUCGAAGUGAUCUUCAAGUAUCCAAAGAGGUCUUCGAGUAUUCAAGGCAGUCUUCAAUUCAAAUCAAUUCCGACGUUUAAAUCCAAAAUCAUGACUUGAGUCCUUUGGAUUUAACGUCACCAAAUCAAGUAUCUCUAAACCUUCGAGAUUGUUCUAGAAUCAAAUGAAAGAGAAAAAUCAGAGGAUCAACUAGAGAUUUUACUUAACAAUACUUUUAAUGUGAGUCUAUUUUUUUUUAUUAUUAUCA